AUGGCGAAGUACUUGAAAACAAUACGGCAAAAGGCCAAUGGAUUGAAGAAGCGCUCGAAGUCGCAUCAAGCCAUCAACGAGGACGAGGAGUGCACACAUGCCCUGGAUUACAACGUGGUGCUGUCCAAGACGGUGGAUGAUGAUGUGUUGGUGGUUCGGCAGGGCAGUGGCGCACGCCACCAAUCGAACGCAACCAAGUUUCAAGUGCUGUCCAGACGACGUUCCACGUCCGUUCCCACGCUUUCCAAGCCAGAUCAGUCUGCGCCGUCCACGUCUGUGGCAGAGGUUAUACGAACCAACACGUACAGAGAGGUAGGCAUGGAAGGAGCUGGUGUUGGUGGUCUGCGUACACGCGGUAACUUCGCCUCAGUGGAAACUGUUUGUUCAUACGAGGGAUAUCUAGACAGCGAUGAUAACGAUGAAGUGUAUUUGCCCGCAGACCAUCACACUACCAGAAGCUCUACCUCUGACAUCAGAUCGGGAACGCAGCAGCCAGCGGACGCUGGGGAAUCACCCAAUCCCCCAACGCCGUUCCGCCGAAAACAGCGAGAUGGCCGCAGAAAGCGCUCCACGGAGAAGUUAAACGCAUGGGCGUCAGGAGAGCUGCGGCGUCGAAGGACAAACGCCUCGCAGAGUAAAUCCCAGACAACGCUCCAAUCCGCACAGGACUCACCUACACGACGACAGCGUGGCACAGAGAAUGUUCCCGUAUUCACGCCAAGGCGAGAUCAAGUGCACGCGCCCAGUUUUACAUCAGCGUCCUUGCAGAACGUUAUUGACAGAGUAUGUAGUGCGGAGAUGGAAAAGGACACGCGUAACAGAGGGGACCUUGAAACACACCACAAGAGCGCAGAGGUCUCCGGACACACUGCACUGCGCGCAACAGAACCAGUUCACUCUCUAUGCCCAGUAUCUGACACCCCAGCCGCCAGCUAUUCUAGCACCGCAGGAUUGAAAGAUAUUAUCCAACGGACUGGAGUCCGCCACGAGGAGAACUUCUCCAGUCCGGAGCGCAUAUACAGUGCAGCCACGGGCGACACGUCGAUUACACGUGAUAUGCGUCAAGUAUCUGUGGGUCUUCUUGGAGAGGUUAUGACGGAGCUCCACACAGGAGGAAAGGAUUCGUCAGUCUUCAGUAUACAGCAUCGCUCGCAACUCGACCCAUCCGCACUGGAUCAGCUGAAGAGCAGACGAUCACGUGACGACGGCAAGACCCAGCAGGAUUGCGCAACGGUCGUGGUGCUGCAGGACUACGCGCCCUACUGCAACUCCGCCAAGGAGCUGGCGGCGCGGCGCGGUGACGUCAUGCGUCACAUCAUGGCCGACGGACGGUGGUCGCUACUGGAGAACGGCGCGGGCCGGCGCGGCUUCCUACCGACGUGCUACUGCCAAUUUGUGGACGAUCAGUCCAUGUCCGAUGGGAACGCCCAUACAAGGCCUGCAUCGUCUGAAUCUGACGAGAGCCCAGAAAAGCUACUGGAGGUGACGUCCGGCCAAUCGUCAUCAACACACUUACCAGUCAGCGCCAGCGCCAGCACUGAAUCCGCAGUGGUCAGCGGUCUGCCCCGAAACUGGUCCUUCGAUCGACUGUCAUUGCCUGCCGUGCUGUCAUCCAGUGGGGCCAUGCCCCUACGUCGCAGCAGUGCACUACUAGACCCUGCUGCUGCCUGUCUGGGACCAAUGCCGCCAUUUCAAAUAGGAGCUUCGCAGGCAGUAGCUGCAGUGGCAACAAGGCCAGUGCUCCGGAGAGCCCACUCCGAUACUAAUCGUGUUGUCACUUCAUCGCAGCACGAACAAACUGGCUACCAACAUCAUGCAGCCCUGCAGAAUGCAAGACAACAAAAAGAGCAUCAUCUACGACAUCAUCCUGAUGUUCAUAGACGCGGUAAUGGGGCUAACAGUACCUCCUUCAUAACUAACCCGAGCAGUGCCAAGACAAACCCCAACUUCUUCAAAACGCCAGCGAGGAGCACAGGGGAAGAUGCACGAGAAUGUCUUCCCAUCUCUAUCACCCACAGCGCAGGCAGCAUCUCCUGCUCCAAUGCGCAUCCUUCUAGCUUCCACCUGCAGCCUUGUUCACCUACAAACCACAACGGUCACGUGUUUGAUGCGGCUAGGACAUAUGCGCGCGGAAAUGUGAUGUCGUUUGCCACCCCUCAUCUCAUCAGUCGCAGCUCUUCCGAUGGUAGUCGACCAGUGGUUGAGAUGAGCAGGCAUUUACAGUUCUCCUCUUCCUGCGCCAACCAGUGUUUUCCUGUUGCCAGUAAUGGUAUGGUAUGUAACUGUCCUGGAUCCAGUGAUCAGCCAUGCUGCGUUGUAUCCACCGCGGAAUGUUGCUCCGCCUUGGCACGCUCCCUCCAUGACGGGACUGCUGCUGCUCACAGCCAACAAUCUGCACAAACAAGGUUUAGAGCCUGUGAGCGGGCUAAUGAUCGGCCGUCAUCAAACAAUUGUGAAAAUACAGCGUUCCACAAUGGCAUUCCAGCAGCGUACAGCGUACCAGCGCAGCGCGGAACGACCGGAGGCGCUAUAAGCGGGCCUGAACUUGAGCGCAUCGGCCGUGAUGAACGAGCCCCAAUUCUCCACGCCGUGCGCACACAAUGGCGAUCAGAUCAUGAUCAGGAAUGUUACUCAACGAGCUGCAGUGCGCCGCCGCCGCCGCGCCAGCCCACUGGUCCCAGCACCCUGCAAGAUGAUCAACACGUCGUACACAACGACCGCGCUCAGGCAUUCUUCAGCGAUGUAGUACUGUUGGACGAAGAGUCGUCCACCACCGCCGUUAGUACCGGCCUCGAAGUGCACCGGCCUUCAUCUGAGAGUGGCUACUCGUCGCCUGCAAGUAGCAGUGGCAGCAGCAGCGCAGGUAGAAGCUCGUCCCUUGAACGAGCCAUGGCCGCUGGAUUAGCAUCAGCAUCGGCUGCCGUCUCAGAAGAAGAUCUACUCGCGCCGUCGACUCGCAAACAACUCAAACAACCCACAUCGCCAUUGCUCGACGGCGGAAAAGAGAACGCGCUGACAACACCACGCGUGGAAAUUAUUUCAUCUGCUAACGCUACUGGCCUGGCGCGGACACACCAUCCAGGCGAAUCAGAAUCAACAACGACCGCCACCAGUGCUGGGCGAAGCCAUCAAACCGCUGACAGUGGUACUACUACUACUACUGUGGUCGCUGCAUCGUGUACCAGUGGUUCAGAGACUGCUGCAGCUGGACGAGAUAAUGAGCCAUCACGGUCGAUCGGCCGCAUGCACACCGCUCCUCAGGAAUGCAGCAGUGUGACAGCUCAGCGACACACGCCGGCCAGCACUACAUAUCGGCGUGCACUUCAGCAGCCGAGCGCUGCCUGCAUAGGGACAGAAGCAAAACCAGCCUGCAGCCACAGCACCAGCACGGGUAGGAAUACCAAUACCAGCUCCGCAUACCAAUAUGCAACACCUCCGCGCAGCCGUAACACCAACGCGAGAAAUCUGAGCGUCGCCAGCACCCAGCAGGCACUCCAAACCUCAGACGAUCAUAAAGUGAAAGUGAAACGAACCAGAGGCAGAGGCCAGGAAGGCUUGUCUCAUCGCAUCGCCGUGAGAUCCCCUGAAAUACGAACAACGCCAAGGUCAUCUACCGCAGCUGUGAAGACUCCCCAUAGAGAAAGCGUCAGACAUAGCUUUGCUGAAGGUGGUCAAGAAACGUCACCUUCCACGCAUCCGGGUGAUGAGCAGCACCAGCAGCAGCAGCAGUCUAGUCCAUUCUCGCGCUCUGUUGCCGUCAAGUCCACAGUCCGCCAGCGUCUGUCCACCCUGGUGAGGAACGCCUCGCAUCUACGAUCUAGCAUACGCUACAAAACACCUCGAGCUAAUGCAGCAGUGACCGCCGAACCUGGAAGCGGAAACAGCAGCAGCGACAAGGCACUAUCCUCGCCCGCAGAGCCUGUAGAGGGUGCUGAGGAAACCCUACUCGGCCGCGCUAAUUACCUGGACCUUGAUGUGGCUAGCAUCAGUAGUACUCUUAGCAGAUCAUCUCUAAGGUCAGGCAGGGACGGGAAAGACCCACAAGUCAACUCACCCCACGCACAGCAGCAGCGAGAGCAGCAGCUGACGAACAGGCAAAGCUGGGACGAGUGGUAUUCUGUGGGCGACGCUGUGAAGAACAGCAAUCUCGCCGUCACAGAGCAGAAGUCUAUUCCGCCGCAGCUCCUGGCGAGCAAGAGCGAAGGGGACCUGACAAUGGAUGCACUGGUGCGAUCAUUGCGCCCGCGCAAUGGCACAACGUCCCUGGACCCUAUUCUCGUGCCACUGCAGAGUUUCCUAGAUCGGGAAGAGAAUGAGCUCAAUGCGGCCGUGGAAGCUGCCGACAGGACGGAGUCCGCCUCUUCGUCGGAGGCCAAUUCUCCGUCGAGUCCCGUGGAGCGUCGGCCCAUGCGCGCUGCUCGAUUGCUGGUGAUGUUCGACUACGGUGCACAGCGCUCCGACGAACUGUCCGUGUGUACGGGCGACGUGCUGUACGCGUUCGUGGGCCGCUGCAGUAACGGACGUGUGCAAGUGCAUGCGCCCAGGACCGGAUCCAAAGGCUAUGUACCGAUUGCCGUCACACUGCCCUACGAAGUACUGUUAGAUGGAACAAUGAUCACAUCGUUGUAA